AAGGAUCAAAUGAUUCAAAUAAUAUACAGCUCUGCUGCUUUGAUAUUCUACACUAUUCUACAACCAGCUUUAAGUCCAUUUCACUGUUUUCCAGCCACCUGCGACAAAAUGGCCUCCAGAUCAGAGGAGGAUCUCUGCUGUCCCGUCUGUCAGGAGGUCUUCAGAGAUCCUGUCCUUCUGUCCUGUAGCCACAGCUUCUGUAAAGACUGUGUGAAGACAUGGUGGAGAGACAGACCAACACUAGACUGUCCUGUUUGUCAGAGAAGGUCUUCAAAGGAACUACCACCGUGUAACCUGGCUUUAAAGAACUUGUGUGAGACCUUCUUACAGGAGCAAGGUCAGAGGUCUUCAGAGGUUCUCUGCAGUCAGCACUCUGAGAAACUCAGACUCUUCUGUCUGGACCAUCAGCAGCCAGUGUGUCUCGUCUGCAGAGACUCAGAAAAACACAUCGGCCACAAGUUCAGACCCAUCGAUGAAGCUGCACAAGAACACAAGAAGCAACUUCAGGAAACUCUGGAGACCUUCAAGAAGAACUUAGAGAGUCUGGAAGAAGUUCAGGUGGAGUUUGAUCAAACAGCAGAACACAUUAAAGUCCAGGCCCGACUCACAGAGACACGGAUGAAGGAGCAGUUUAAGAAGCUUCAUCAGUUUCUACAAGAGGAAGAGGAGACCAGGAUGGCUGCACUGAGGGAGGAAGAGCAGCAGAAGAGUCACAUGAUGAAGGAGAAGAUGGAGGCUCUGAGCAGAGAGAUAAAAGCUCUAUCAGAUACAGUCCGAGCCACAGAGGACCAGCUGAGAGCUGAAGACGUCUCCUUCCUGCUCAACUACAGAGAGCAGCAGCGCCCCCUGCUGGAGCCUCCACAGCUGCACUCAGGAGCUCUGAUAGACGAGGCCAAACACUUGGGCAACCUGGCCUUCAACAUCUGGAACAAGAUGAAGGACGUGGUCUCCUACAGUCCUGUGGUUCUGGACCCAAACACUGCUCAUCCACUCGUCAUCCUGUCUGAAGAUCUGACCAGUGUGAGACUAGGAGACAGACAGAAGGUUCCUGAUAAUCCAGAGAGGUUUGAUCAUUUCUGCAGUGUCCUGAGCUCUGAGGGUUUGAACUCAGGAACUCACAGCUGGGACGUCCAGGUUGGAGACAAUAAACGUUGGGCAGUGGGAGUUUUAGAGUCUGUCCAGAGGAAAGGAAAAGACGUACUGUCUGGAUUAUGGGGGAUAAUGUUCUCUAAAGAUAAAUACUACGAACGGUCACCAGGUAAAUACUCUGUCCUCCAGCUGAAGAAGAAGAUCCAGAAGAUCAGAGUGAGUCUGGACUGGGACAGAAGACGACUGUCCUUCUCUGAUCCUGAUACUCACACACUCAUACUCACACACAAACACACACACACUUUCACACACACCAUGUUUCCAUACAUUAACAUUGGUGAUUUUCUCCCAGUGAAGGUUUGUGUGACAGAGGAAGUUGUGUGUACUUUUACUCCACCACAUUACCUACAGAAGCUGUGUGCUUUUAUUACCUUUCGUAAAUAAAUGGUGUACUUUUUACUCAAGUAUCUCUUGAAAGUACUUUAUACAAGACUGUUGAUGACUGCACGCAGAGAUCAACGUCAUGAAAGCGAGGCUGUAGCUUUCAGGAGGUGGAAAGUCAUGAAUUACGUUUACUCACUAUACUGUAAUAGAGCAGGUUUUUUGUUAAGUCAUUUUUAAAGCGUGUAAUUGUACUUUGAAGUACGUUCUUUUGGCAGUACUGUAGGUUUUCUACUCUCAGCCAGCUCCUGUGGAACUUCACCAACUCAAAGAUGAACUUUUAAUAAUAAACAGAAGUGCCACGAGGCAGUGAAAGUACUUCAUAAAAUAGAGAGUCUGUGAUAUGAUGACGAACCGCUGCUCCUGUAAGUGUUAACCAAUCACAGCCCAGUGUUGGCUCAGGGGCGGUCCUGCGUCGUCAGGGAAACGCGAUGGUGGAGAACAUUCUACUUUAAAAAUAACGGGAAGAACAAAGAAGUUUUUAAAUUCUUGUUCAAAUGUAAUGAAACAGUCUUAUGAUAACAAUUCUAUUCAGUUUUAUUUGUAUCGCACCGAAUCACAACAUACAUGAUCUCACACAUCAUGGAGAGCAGAGAAACACAACACUCCAGGCGUCAGAAGCAGACUCACACAUGUGAGGCAAUGUGCCAUGACAGGUUGGGGUGAAAGGAAUGAUGAGAGAGAGCAGCAGUCAGUGAUGACACUACAAUGUCAUUUAUAUCAGCAGCAGCUAAACAACUAUACUGAUAUCAACUUUAGUUAUAUCAUAAUUAUAAUGGUGAUGAUAUGUAUGAUAAUAAUAAGAAUAAUAGUGUAUAUAGUAUUGUAGUAUUUGUUUGUGUUAUAUAAAUGUAUCAGCGUUUGACAACACAGACAGUUUGAAACAUGAACACCUGGACUCAAAAUCCAGAACUAUUUUCAAUAAUUCACAUCAAAGCAUUGCUUGUAACCAAUAUUCUUUCAUGCUCAUCAUGUGUGUAUUUAUAGAAAUAAUAAUAUCCAGUUGCAUUUCAAAAUAAAAGCCCUCAUGAUGAUUUAUUUGUGCCU